UGCAUCCAAUAUGGCUGGUCGAGGUGGUUACGAAGAUUCAAGAGAUUAUGGAGAUGGAUAUCGUGGUAGUAGAAAGCCACUGCCAGUUAAACCACCUUAUACUGCAUAUGUGGGAAAUUUGCCGGAUGGAAUUGUUCAAGGAGAUGUGGAUAAGAUCUUUGAAAACCUUAAUGUUAGAGGAAUCAGAUUGGUUAAAGAUAAGGAAACUGAUAGGUUUAAGGGCUUUUGCUAUGUCGAAUUUGAAGAUCUUGCAGACCUAAAAUGUGCAUUGCAAAUGGAUGGCGCAGUAGAAGUAGAGAAUAAUAUCAUUAAAAUAGAUGUAGCAGAGGGAAAAAGAAAUGAUAGAGGAGGUGGUUUUGACAGGAGAGGUCGUGGAGGAAGUGGAAGUGGAGGAGACUUUAGAGGAAGGGAUGGUGGUCGUAGUGGAUAUGGAGAUGAUUUUGGAGGAUACAGUGAUAGAGGUCAACAAGCUGGUAGGCAAGGUAGUACAUGGGAUAUGAGAGGUAACCGAGGCAACUACAGUCAGUUUAAUGAUGAUACAGGCGGUGGGAGUCGAGAUUGGUCUCGUGGUACACAGCCUACUAGAGGAUAUGCUAGCAGACCACUUACUCGUGGGAGAGGAGGAGGAGUUAGUGAUCGAAAACCAUUUAACGAGGAACCAUUUACUAGCGACCCACCUCCAGAUACAACUGGAAGGAAGCGUUUGGUGUUAGCACCAAGGACAAUUCAAGCACCUGUAAAUGCAGUUGCUGAAUCAAGUAAAUCAAGUUCAAUAUAUGGUGGUGCAAAACCUCGAGAGGAGUCACUUAAAACUUAUGACAAGUAAAAAUAUUAUCUCGAUUAAUAGUUUCUGAUUCCCUGAAUUGAAAAGAAAGAAACUUCCCCGACAAAAAAAUUCGGAAACCGAUACGAGAUUUUUUAGUUUCCUCACAAACAAGGGGGAGAGUCUCUUCAAAGAUCAAAUAACGAAAUUGCAAUAAUUUUUAUUUAUCCCAAAAGGGGUGCCUUCCCCAAAAAAUUCAGA